GGCGAGCAGUCGGUGUGGUGCGGGCUCGGUUGGGGUGGUUACGAUGAAAGCUAUCUGCGUGCUGAAGGGCAGCGGUGAAGUCACCGGCACCGUUAACUUUAGGCAAGCCGUCAGGAAGGAACGAAACUGGAGAGUCUGUCCUUGUAAACGUCAGUUAGUGGAAGAUGGAUCUGUAACUGUGGAAGGAAGCAUCACUGGGUUGUCCCCUGGAAAACAUGGAUUCCACGUUCAUGCUUAUGGGGAUAAUACAAAUGGUUGUAUCAGCGCAGGACCACACUAUAAUCCUUUCAACAAAAAUCAUGGUGGACCAGAUGAUGUAGAAAGACAUGUUGGUGAUCUUGGCAAUGUGGUGGCUAAUGACAAUGGUGUGGCCAAGUUUGAAUUGAAGGAUAGAAUGCUCAGUCUAACAGGAGACAGGUCCAUUAUUGGACGUACACUUGUGGUUCAUGAGCUUGAAGAUGACUUGGGCAAAGGAGGAAAUGAAGAAAGCAGCCGAACAGGAAAUGCUGGAGGACGCUUAGCCUGUGGUGUGAUUGGAAUUGCCAAAGAUUGAAAUUUAAUAUCUCUUGGGUAGGGGUGGUAAAUGGUGCAUAAUUUUUCUUUGGGUCAGCAAGCUAAACCUAUUGAUAGCUAGUAGUUUAAUGGACAGCAAUUUUGAACAUCAAAUUAUACUCCACAGCACUGAAGUAUACCAUUUGAUCUAAACCAGUGAGGCUAUACUUUAAAUUCUUUAAAGAUGCAUUGGAUAAAACCUAACUUCAGGAACUGUAACAUUGUUGAAUCUUGAUUGUUGACCUAGAACACUUUUUUUUUGCUAUAAGAUUGCAAGAUGUACCCCAUGCCAUGGAAGCACUAAGUAAUGCAUUGUCAAAUAAAUCAUAGUGUCCUUGG